AGUUUGAAAGCAUUGCCAGAAGACUUUGAAUUGGGGAGGAAAAUAUUUUAUUUGCAAAAUAUAAGUACAAAUAUUAACUAAAUCUAUAUUUAAGCAUUACAAAAGUUUGUUUUUCUACAAGUUAUUUUUUAAAAAGGGUACAAGUAAAUUUAACACAACAAUUUAUCGAAAUUAUAUGUAUUUUAAUUAGGUAUUAUUUGUUACGAAUUAAUGGACUAGGUGUAAUGGCAUCUCUAUUCAAAAUUGACAGUACGCAGUUGACGAAGUUUUUUGCAAAGAAAAUAAAAAGUUUUAUCAUCUGUAAAAAAUUGAAACUUGAAUAUGAUAGACAGUGAUUCACUUUUAUAUUGAAUUUAUUGCAAAUAUAAAGUUAAUUGAACUUGUAAAUGCAGCAAAUUGUAAAUGCGUUGCAAAAUAAAUAAAGAUUAUUCAAUAUUUGGCAUUGAUUGUUAAAAGUUAGGGCUUAAAAGACAGCAGUAGCAUAGUACCAGUGGUCGUAUGAUACCAAAAAGCAAAAACAUAUAGAAAGUGGGCGACGUAAGUGGUCUUGAAGGAAAUACCCCCACCAUAAUUGAAUUUUGUACAACAAAGAAAGGUGUGUGCGACGUAAUAUUGUGAGGUGUAAUUAUAAAAAGCAUAACUGCUUUAAAUAGCUUAUCUGUACACCACAAAAAGAACAGCAAUAAAGAAAUAAAGACAAGGCUUCCAUUCAAACAAAACAAGCAAGCAAUUUUUGUUUCGUACGCGCUUACAUAUAAUAUUCAUUGCAUUGCUGGUCAACUAACACUCAACCACAGUGUCUACUUACGAGAGCAUGGAUUUGCAGCAUAUGGAGAAUGGCAUCAGUGGCGGUGGCCACGGUGCUGUUGCUGGUCAAACUGCUGGUUUCAGUGAAACCGACUUUCAACGACUUGCCCAAACUAUUGCAACAAGCAUACAAAAAAUAUUACAAAAUGUGUCUACCAUGCAACGUAUGGUCAACCAAUUUAAUACCCCACAGGAUUCACCCGAUUUGAAGAAACAGCUACAUCAAAUAAUGACCUACACGCAUCAGUUGGUUUCGGAUACAAAUAAUCACUUAAAAGAGGUGGAUAAGUGCAAAGAACGUCAUUUAAAAAUACAACGUGAUCGUUUGGUUGACGAAUUCACUGCUGCUUUAACAGCAUUUCAGGGCGUACAACGUAAGACGGUCGAUAUCGAAAAGAAUGCUGUACGACAAGCGCGUGCGCACAGCUAUAAUAUUAGUAAACCACCGGGCACGAAUAGCAGCAGUGGCAGUGGCAGUGGCGGUACCAGUGGCAGCAACAAUAGCGGUUCAUUCUUCGAGGAUAAUUUUUUCAAUCGUAAAUCGAAUCAAUCACAGCAACAAACACAAAUGCAGGAAGAAAUCGAUUUGCAAGCGCUGGAAGAGCAAGAGCGACAAAUACGUGAACUGGAGGAAAAUAUUGUGGGCGUAAAUGAGAUUUACAAGAAACUGGGUGCUAUGGUAUACGAACAAGGUCUAACCGUCGACUCGAUCGAAUCGUCUGUGGAGCAGACUAGUGUAUUUGUAUCACAGGGUGCUGAUAAUCUGCGUAAAGCCAGUUCGUAUAAAAACAAACUGCGCAAGAAGAAGCUCAUAUUGAUCGGCGUUCUCUCGGUAAUACUUUUUAUCAUCGUUAUGAUACUUGUAUUCGAGUUUAAAAAAUAAUUGCAAAUGUGAACGAAAGAAAGUAUUUUUUGCUGGCAAUGUGUUUUUGUUUUUGCAUUCUAUCACACGCUGCUGCAAAGUUGCAAUUAAAGUUUGUUUCGAACUUCAACAUACAUACAUAUAUUUAACAGUUCAGGUGAUAUUUGAAAGCAAGAACUUUCCGUGGAAGUCUAAAUAUAUUUAUAAUAAUCGAUUAGAACUUAUUGAAGUAGACGAAAAAGAAAUCGUAAGUGUUGAAGAAGGCGCAACCAUUGUCAGUUCGCCAAUUUGUACAAAAUAUGUAUAGUAUAUGUAUGUUUUCCAGUUUGAAAUGGGUUGCAUCACUUAAUUUGCCACUGAAAACAACAAUAAAAAUGAAAAAUUUCGAAAACGAGACCAAAAAUUAAAAAAAAAAAAUUAAAUAUUAACAAUGUACAUUCUCAUUUAAAAAAAUCACUUUGUGGCGGUCGAUAUUUAUAUACUGUAUAUGUAUAUUAUUAUAUUGUAUUAUUUAACCUUAAUAUAUAAAUUUAUACUUUUAUGCAAAAAAUUAUAUACAUAUUUAUUAACUCAUUUAAAAUAUAUAAGGCACUUAGAUUUGUAUGAACUUCAAAUACGUUCGUAUCUGUAUGUAUAUGGAAUUGUAGUGUGUAAUUGUUAAGCAGACAACACGCUUAGAGCUAAAUGGCCGAACGCUUUUAAUAUUUAUCCAUUGCACUGUGCUACACAAUUCUUGUUUUCUCAAAUUUCUACAAAAUUUAUUUAAUCAAUUUGAUAGUUAUUAUGUAUUUUGUUGCUGCAUUCGAUUUGUUUACAUUUUGUUCAGACUUAAAAAGUAAAUUAUUGCUUGCUAUUGCAAUGAAAGAGAAAGCAGUUAUUUUUAUUUGGUUGGGAAUCGCAAAAUAUGUAUUAAUACAAGAGAUAAAAUACAAAAAAUACUUACGAACCAACUAAACGAAAUGAUGUGGACACAAAUAAAUGCAUAUAAUAAAAUGUAA